CCUCUGCCAACGACCCCACGACGCUCAAGACGCUUUCAGCCCAAUGUCACUCGAGGUAGAUCACCAACAUCGCGUCCAGAAACAGAUGCAUGGAUCUCCGGUGCGCCCGCUCAUAGCAGGUGUACUACCCACGAAGACAUGAUUCCCGAGGAUGAGGAAGAUGCGAAAGACAUUGAAGACCUCGAGACAAUGUUUCAUGGCCAAUUCAUCCGCAGAAGUCAGAAUAGAGGUCGGGCUGCUCUGCGAACAUACUCGAGGAAGGCUUCAAGUUCUAGAACACGGGAGGAGGGAAAGGACGAGACCUUCAAAAUUGGAGAUACCGUUUUGGUUGCUACCGAUCCUAAAAAGCCUAGUGUUGGGGUCAUUAUUGCCAUGUGGGAGAUACGUAGUCGAGAGGAAAGUGCCGAUGUCCCUAGGAUGCGUGUGAGAGUUCACUGGUUUUUGAGGCCUACAGAACUUCCACAAACGAGAGCAAAGAGGAAUCACUUCCAGAACGAAGUAUAUUAUUCUCUGGACCGCACUUCCCCUCUCAGCACUUCAUCAAUCAUAUCUCAUUGUACGAUCACGGAUCAACCUGACUCGAACGCGACAGUCAAAAGUUCUGCAGCUUGGUCUGUGUCUCCUUCCAAACGUCAACGAAUAUCCGAUGACAGUGACUCUGCCAAUACUGACGCUGGCGAGAAGUUCUAUUGUGGGAUUGCUGUUGACUCACAGCGUGGUUUAUUCUAUGAACUUGACUGGAGACGGCAUCGAGAUCAUGCUUUAUCCCUGUGUCCUGAGACAGGCGGGGUUGCAGAAUGGGGCACCGGUUCCUCAUGGCGCGUGUCAGUCGAAAUUCCGAAGAAAACUCGCAGCGCCACAUUACGGAAGAUUGAUGAAGAGAGAGAUGGAGACGACAACGACGACGAAUACAAGGCUGACAAUCAAAACGUAUCGGACCAUUCAGACUCUGAGACUUCGACGCAUGAUCAUGUCUCUGAAGACGACGAAAGUGCACCUACCCUACCAAGGACUCCUUCGAAAAAACGCAAGCGAAUUUUCAGUACGCCUACUAAACCGCGCACCAACACGACCCCUCGAUCAACCCCGCGAAAACGCACACGUAGCAUUGCACAGCCAACGCCUCAUUCCAAGGCGGCUCUUCGUAGGCGGGCUAGGAAGGUGACUGUGCGUGCACCGCCGCCAGAACUCGUAGGGAAUGUCGAACAGCUGCCCAGGGAUCCUUACCUUCGUGCGAUGCAUAUUUUACACGUUGCUGCUCGCCCCGAAGCACUGCCAUGUCGAGAGGAAGAGUAUCAGAGGAUCAUGCGUUCUGUGGAGGAGUUGCUCGAAGAGGGAAGCGGUGGCUGCAUCUAUAUUUCGGGUGUUCCGGGAACGGGGAAGACAGCCACCGUCCACGCUGUGGUAAGACAGCUCAAGAGGAUGGCUGAGCAAAACGAAGUCAAUCCGUUCACGUACGUUGAAAUCAACGGACUGAGAAUCCCAGAACCAUCUGCAGCAUAUGGUCUACUAUGGGAAGCAGUAUCUGGUCACGAUGCUGCCGAAGAUGGGCGUCUGAGGAUAAGCUCAAAGGAGGCCCUCAACAGCCUUACGAAACACUUUAGUUCAGGUGGCAGAAUGGGACCCAGGGGUCACGCAUGUAUAGUGCUCAUGGAUGAACUCGAUCAGUUAAUGACCACGAAACAAGACGUUGUUUACAAUUUUUUCAAUUGGCCAACGUUGGUUGGCUCUAAGAUCGUGGUGAUCGCUGUCGCGAAUACUAUGGAUCUACCUGAAAGGGUGAUGACUGGGAGAGUACGAUCCCGACUAGGGAUGAUCCGAAUCAACUUUCAGCCAUACACGACGCAACAACUUGAAAAAAUUGUCCGCUCACGGCUAGAGAUUGCUAAAGAAGACUUGGAGUCAGGCCCGGUAGAUGUUAUUUCACCGGAUGGUGUCAAAUUCGCAUCCAUGAAGGUUUCUAGUAUCAGUGGUGAUGCAAGGCGCGUUCUUGAUAUUUGCAGGCGGACUGUGGAGCUUGUGCGACCUUUGAAACGAGUGGCACGUACAGAGGAUGUGAAGGAGGUGAUCAAAAUCAUGCAGAAUAGCCCUACGGCUGCAUAUUUGCGGGACUGCAGUUUCCACGAGCGUCUGAUGCUCGCCGCUCUUCUGAAGUGUAUGAAGAAAGAAGGCGUAGAAGAAAUCAAGUGGAGUGACAUCCAAUAUCAGCAUUGUCUGUAUCAGGCCGGUCUUGCAGGCGAUGACGACUCGACGCGCAAUCCCACCCCUAGCGAGUUCCGUUACAUUUUAGAUUCGCUACUGGCCUCGCGUGCCCUUCUGAUUGAGGAUGGGGCGCUCUCAUUAAAGAAACCCGAUGGCGAACGCAGACUUAUUCUAAACCUUGAACAAGUGGAGGUGGAGCGUGUUCUAGGAGACGUCGGGGGAUCAAGAUGGAAAAAUGCGCUGAGC